AUGCCGAAGCUGCUCCCAUCUCUACCUCUCAUUUGCAACAGGGAGUUUGUGAAGGAGCGGAAGUACACAACCGAAGCGGAGGGAUUUGGCUGGAGCUUCGUCUUUGAGGAUUUUGUGCCCGAAGCGCUGAAGAGGAAAGUGACGCAGAAGCUGGAGCCUUCAGGUCCCGGGUCCAGCAUCAAGGAGAAGCUGGAGUAUCCGGUGCUGCACGUGAGUUGGAACGACGCCCUGGCCUACUGUGCGUGGAAAGGGAAGAGGCUGCUGACGGAAGAAGAGUGGGAAUUUGCGGCCCGGCGAGGCCUGGAGAACCGGUUGUAUCCUUGGGGGAACAAAUUCCUGGCCAACCGCACCAACCUCUGGCAGGGCAGAUUUCCGGAUGCCGACGUGGCCGAGGACGGCUACCAUUGUGUCUCUCCAGUGGCCGUAUUUCCUCCUCAAAACAACUACGGGUUGUAUAACCUGAUGGGGAAUACCUGGGAAUGGACGGCUUCCAAGCAGUACCAGCCUUGCGGGUCUGUGUCCCACCAGCCCGCUCCUGAGAUGCGGGUCUUGCGUGGUGCGUCUUGGAUUGACACCGUGGAUGACUCAGCCAAUCACAAGGCCCGGGUGACUACAAGGAUGGGGAAUACUCCAGGUUCUGCCUCGGACAACCUAAGUUUCCAUUGUGCUAGCAACCUGGCCGGUCAGCCAAGCCCCAAAAAUGUGAAGGAGAGGACAGAGCUCUGAAGAUGUUGAGUUUAAAAGGACACAGAUCAUUUUCUCCUGGGGAGACUGUUGCUGGCAUGCUGCGGUGAGAGGGGAUAUUGUUUGUUAUCUGAGCAAGAAUUUGCAGGGUGGUGUUGAGGCAGCUAAAGCGGGCCAAACAAUAUGACGGAAUAAAUGCAAAGAGGCUACACUGGACAGAACUCGAACGCACAAACGAUGCAUUAUAUGCAGAUGAGCUAUAGUGUCCCAAAAAAGGAGAAAAAGUCAAUUUACAGGAUGUACAUUCGGCCGAAUCCUGAACCUCUCAGAGAGCAGAUGCAAGUGAAAGGUCCCUGGUUCCACCCUGCGCCCCUUUGGUUAAAGGAAUUCA